AUGUCAUCACCUGGUGCCUCGUUGCCCAAGACCAUCUCUUUCGAUGACAACGGAGAUCUCUGGCUGACUGUCGGCUCUGGUUCAUCUUCUAUAAUUCUCCAUGUUGACUCUCACGCUCUCUGUCGAGCUUCCAAAGUCUUCCGCGCCAUGCUAAGGGGCCGCUUCAGCGACUCGAAACCCACCAACGACCUGCAUCGCUGGGAAGUAAAGCUUCCUGAGGACAAUCCAGAAGCCUUUGUUGUCCUCAUGGACAUCGUCCAUGCAAACUUCGAUCAUGCACCUCUCGACCUAAAGCCUCAAGAGCUCUACAACAUCUGCGUCUUGACCAACAAAUACGACAUGACCAAGACGCUGCGACCUAUGGCUACAGCGUGUAAGAAUUUGUUCGUGGCUUGGGAGCUCGGAUGCCAGGGCGCAGUGGAGGAAAUGCUUCAGGAUAUCACCGAAAAAUGCCACAUCGACGCGGAUGGCAACUUGGUGGUUGAUAGACAUACUCGACUGGACGACAUGGAAACUUUUAGACUGCUUCCUUUGAUCGAUCCUAUCGCUCAACACCGCGUCAAGAUGCUGGAAGUCUUUCAUGCUGAAGGCAAGGAGAUAGCAAUCAAGAUUCUCGCCAAACGCCCGCUCUGUUGGCAUACCGGCCCUUGCUCCGCUGUAAAUCUUGCAGACGGCAUCCCCGACAAGUUUAUCCAAGCAACACAAGACCUCGGGAUCGACUCCUUUUUCAUGCCCUCGUUGAACGCCGACCAACUUGGAUAUCGAGGCAGCGUGUCAAGAUUGCAUCACCUGUUCAAAGAAGCCGAAAAGCUUGUAUUCGGAGAAAAUCACCCUCACUACUGGUGCACAAGUUUCCAACGGGCCCCAUUUUCAGGUAUCCUCGCAGCGUGCUACCAACGACUGGACUUGAUACUGUCUAGCCGCCAUAUGGAUAUGCUCAUGGACCAAGCCUGCAAGACUGAGAUGACGGCUGACAUGGGCAGUGAAGUGAAGACUCUUCUGGAAGAUGAUGAUAGUGGAGAUGAUGCGGGCGUUGGCUUUCGAAGCCGCUCGGUUGAUACUCGAUAUUAAUCAACCCCAAGUGUUGGCUCCUCACGUAGCAAAUCGUACUCAUUUCCUUCAGGAUUGUUCCGAGGCCAAUCACAGAGAAAACUGCAAGAGCGAGAAGGAAAACAUUAGGGAAAGUAGCAUAGGGAGUUUGCUCAUCAAUGCACUGAGUAUUAGUGCUAUGUUCUCUUAGAAUCAU